AUGCGACGCAGGCGCUGGUGUAGGAGCAGCGUUGAACAGUGGUUUAGGGAAAGGACGGAAUUUGAUUGGUGGGGAGUAGGCAAAAUGAUUGUGGACCCGCGGCUGCGAAUCUCUUGGUCACAUCUAUCUAAUUUUUCAGAAGUGAUUAUCAUCAUCGAUCGGGAGACUGGCAUAUCAAGGGGUUUCAGAUUCGUUACUUUCAGCGACGAAAAGGCGAUGAGGGACGCGAUCGACGCCAUGAAUAGCCAGGAGCUCGACGGGCGGAACAUCACCGUGAAUGAGGCUCGGUCCCGCGGUGGUGACGGAGGUGGGGGCUUCCGUGGUGGUUUGAUCAUUAUUGCUUCUUUUGAAUAUGGGUUCUGCAUUGGUAGGUGUUGCUCGAGGGCGGCGAUGACGGGUGGUGAACGGACGCCGGCGGCAAUUCGUCGUGGUUGCAGGCCUCGCAUGUUCACUGAGGACAUGUUCGUGGAGCUUGCCAUUGAUUGA